UCUGUUUCUUCUCCUUAACAGCUAGUGGUCCGAUGUUGUGUUUGUGGAUCCUCUAUCCGGAUUGAAGUGUGACACAGUAUGUACUGACAUUAAUUGAUCAGCUUGUCUCCAAUUCCUGGAUCAACAUGCAGGUUGUUUUACUUGCCGUAUAAACUCAGUAGAUUAUUACGUCUUCACAUGUAUAUCAUUGACUACUUUAUGCAGUACACCUCACAUAGAACUGUCUGGACAUGCUAUGACAUGCUAUAUCUCUCUAGACUCGUGCGCCAUCACUGGUGCAUGACGUACAAAGUGCUGGCUUAAGAGUCUAAUGUAUCUCUGGAGGGGACAAUCAUCAUCCUCAAUAUCACCACCAUGCAUGCACUGAUGACUCAGCACUUGAGAGACAUUCACACUGAGGCUGACCAAACCCACUCGAGUACUUGUUGUCAUGACCGGACUGGAUCGAGAUGGCAGUCAGUGUAUUCAAAACACUGUCACCAGUACAGUGUUGUAUGUCCAUGCAGGUGGGGACAAUAGCAACAGCAUGUUCCUGUUUAACAUAAAAUAUUCUCAACCCAUCGGUAUUUCCGAGGGUGUGUGGUUUGGACAGAGUGCGAUCAAUAGGAGGACACUGCGACAGUUUGCUAUUACUGUGGAUGCAUACUGUCUCAACCAGAUAGUCCCAGUGUUCGAGGACAGGCCAAUCAGAAAUGAUAAUACUCAGUGCAGUCAGCACUUCACUAACCAACAAUACGAGUUUGACCCCGCCUCUGGAAAUGUGACUGUGGAGUGGGAGGGAACUGGACCCGACGCAACUGUUCAAGUCAGCCAGUUCAUGUGCAUAUUACCCAAUACGGGCAUAUUUUCCUGUAUUAGUCCCCUUGUUAUCACCGGUUUGUCCCCUGGAAACCACACCCUUUCGUCGCAUCAGUGGGAAUCAGUGGAUAUACAAGGAUGGUCCCUACGAGCUUACUCAUAACCAUCAGAACAAACUUCAUAAAUGUUUAUGCUGACAUGUAAUUAUAUAAUUAUUCAUAGCAUAAUAAUACUGUUAUAGCUGUCGAUAAUUUAAGGACAAGUAGAUAUCAUCACGUCCAUCAAAAAACAUUGUAUAUAGCUAAGUGAACAUUAGCUAUAAUUUUAUAAGUGAAUAACCAUUUUUUGUGUCAAAUUGACUGUAUGUUUGCCAUUAUUUGUGUAAG